AUUCACUUAUAGAAGUAACAAUAGCAGUGGUAAUAGUAGCUUGUACACGUUGUCUUGUAUGCUGACAUGAAUGCAAAUCCAAAGGAAAAGUUCGAGGCAGGAUAAUAGAAGAAAAACGAUACAUGUCCUUUUCUUUUUUUUUUUUUUUUUUUUGUUAUCGUUAUUAUUGAUGGCCCAUUUCCGGAUAUACUUAUCUUUCGCAAUCAGCGCAGAUGUCAAUGAACACGUGGUUCGCAUAUCCGGACUGAUUUCCGGCACGCGCACGUCUUUCCACGCACGUGUUUCAUGUGCCGUAUGUACGCCAGUCAAAUGCGUCUCACGUAUGUUAGUCCUACAUCCGGAUGUUCUUAAACUUUAUCUAGACGGGACAUGCUACUAACGAUCUACGAUGAAGCGUGUCUUGUUUCAUAGUAAACGAGAACUUAAUUUAUAGAAAUAUCUUAUAAUGCAAUUUAUACGUUUCUCUCAGAGGCAUUAUCUUUCGCCGAUUGGUAUCUACAAUGAGAAAUAGCUAUCUUUGGUGUACUCAAAAAAAGAAAAAAAAAAAAAAAAAAAGAAAAAAAAAUGAAGCAAUUUAUUUCAUGAAGUAUAGCUCUUAAUUGAACGUUCACAUAGAUAUCGUUAAUUGAUAAUGUAUUAUAUCUCGACGUUCACCACUUAUGUACGUAUCUGCGUAUCUUCAUCCUUGAUCUCUCAUCAUUAUUGCGAGGAAGGGGCAGCGAUCUCGACUAAUAAAGAGGGAGAACACACACUCUAUUUAUAAGUUCAAUUUCUCUCUCUUUCUCUCUUUCUCUCUCUCUCUCUCUCUUUCUCUCUCUUUCUCUCUCUCUCUUUCUUUCUCUCUCUCUCUUUCUUUCUCUCUGUCUCUCCCUCUCUCUUUUCCUCCUCUUCUUCUUCUUCACGAUGAAUUUCGUGAUGUUAAAUUUAGUUUCGAUGUAGACGAAGCCGAGCCUGGCGUAUAAGACUAAGUUUCAUCUAUAUUCAACGUACCGAAUUGUUUCAAUAUUUUACGCCGAUAAACAAUACUUUUCUAAAAAUUGUAGAAAACUAUUACUCGCCUUUUAUAUUUUUUUUUUUAAUUCUGAAGAGUUUCCAUAUACUCAGGGACGUUUUUUUUUUUUAUAUAUUAUUUCCUGGUAAUAUACGUGUGGAAUACAUUUAUACAUUAUUGAACUUAUAAGUUCAGAUUAUAUAUUUAAAUAAUGUGGUGCAAUAAUGAUAUUUUGGAAGAAGGGGUAGCUGUUUCUUUAUAAGGAAUGGAUAAUACGUGGACCAAUUAUCCUAAAGAGUACCAGAAUUUAAUUGCUAUUAUGGAAGAAGAAAAUAAACAACAUAGGAAAGAUUCACAGUCAGAUUCAUCAGAUGCAGCUUCAACUAUAAAACAUUGGGAUAGUCAGUGGACACCUUCAGAAGGAUAUGAUUCUUCUGGAACGUCUAAUUCUGGUUGUGGUGAGGAUUAUGCCGAAGAUUAUCAACACAGAAUACCAGUUGAUCUACCUAGAUUUGUUGAAGAUUGUCACAGUGCUUGUAGGUCUCAGACUUGUCUUUGUCAGGGUUGUCUAUUCGAAUACAGUAAGAUGAUAAAUCUUCAAGGCAGUAUGUCCAAUAUUUGUGGAACACCAACAUCAAAAACCAAUCCAACUCAUUUAUCGACUCUUCCACCUUUGUAUAGUACACCAUGUUCAAGUAUCCAGAGUGAGCUGCCACAUCAUUGUAGCAAGGACCAUCUUCCUUUAAGUUGCAACUGUCGCAAGAUGUAUUCUUGUCAUAUGCAACAAAUUCCAUUGCAUUUAAAGGAAUGUCAUUUACAUUCCAGUGACAAAACAAAUAGCACUACUUCUCUUUCUGGAAAUUCAGUAGGUCGUUGUGUUGGUUCAUUGGAUAGAAGAAGACGAAGAUUCAAAAGUAAAACUGAUCAUAAUCAGAGGACAAAAUCACAUAGUGAUUUAAUAUGCUGUGCUAAAGAUAGACCACAUUACUGUUCUUUACAGCAAUUUCAAUGUGGCAAUAAUUCACAUUUAUAUAGCUAUUAUAAUAAAACUGAGGAACGUCUCCAAAAAUUAGAAAGCGAACGUGGUGCACUUCAUAUGGAAGUAUCAGUUUUGUCAGAGCAAGUUGAUGCACAGUCUAGCAAAAUUCAAGAAUUGGAAAAUAUGCUUAAAGAAAAAAAGCAUUCCCUCAGACAAAUGGAAGAAGCUUUACAAAAGGAAGUGUUAUCAAGAAGUGCAUUAGAGACACAAAAACUAGAGCUUCUUAGUUCUCUUUCUGAACUAAAACUCAGACAAGCUAGUUUAGAACAUGAAAAUUUAGCAUUAAGAAAUACAAAUUCAUUAUCCAAUGGGGAGAGAUUCAGUAGGCAUGCUGGUCAAUAUAGCAGUCUUCCAAGGCCACCAACAUCUUCAAAGAAAGGAGUCGCGUUUGGUAAGGUUUCGAAUUUAAUCUCUGGAGAGCACACAACAGUACCAUUGGCUAUUAGAGGAAUCUCUGCGAGAUGUCUAUCAGCUCCUAUUCUAGCGGAAGAAGAAAAAAUAGUAAUUGGAGAAUCAAGUUUUCAACCAGAAUCAACACCACCAAAGCCACUUGCAGAAUUGUCUAUAGAAGAAGUUGGUGAUUGGCUAUCUCGUAUUGGCCUGGAAUGUUACGCUGCAGAAUUAAGACGAUGGGGAGCUACUGGUGUAAAAUUAGUUGAGGCAACGCCAAAUCAAAUUGAAAAGGAGCUUGAUAUAAAAAAUAUAUUGCAUAGAAAAAAAUUACUAUAUGCAAUUGAGUCUGAGAGAUCUAAUGCAGAAGGCUUUCUUGGUUCAGAAAAGAUGGAUAGUGCUGCAGUACUACGAUGGUUAGACGAUAUUGGAUUACCUCAACAUAAAGAAGCUUUUCAUAAUGCCAAAGUUGAUGGUAGAGUAUUACAUAGAUUAACAACAGAAGACUUAUUGAAUCUCGGUGUGACAGCUCAGCUGCAUGCAGCUAGUUUACGACGAGGAAUUCAGAUUUUGAGGGAGUUAAAUUUUGAAUUUGAUAAUAUGGAGAGAAGAUCAGUAAAUGGGAAUGGUGCAGAUGGAACUAAUGUCACACUAUGGACUAAUCAUAGAGUGAUGGAAUGGUUGAGAGUGGUUGACCUUGCAGAAUAUGCACCCAAUAUGAGAGGCUCAGGAGUGCAUGGAGGAUUAAUGAUCCAUGAAGGUCGCUUCACCUCAGAAUUGUUAGCUACUAUAUUAAGCAUUCCACCUUCAAAAACUCUAUUAAGAAGGCAUUUGACAACCCACUUUAAUCAAAUUCUUGGUAGAGAAGUUGUACAGCAUAAAAGAGAGAUGGAAAGUACGCUUGGAUUUGUACCUUUAACUCUUACGGCUAGAUUGAAGGCACCAAAGAAGUCUCAAUUCACGUUAAAGCGUAAAAAAAGUAAAAACGAAGUGGAUUAUGGAAAUCUGGUUUGUCCUUUGGAAACAUCACCACCAGGUACACCAUCAACAUCUUCGUCAACACCAGGCAGUCCUAAUUUGAACUCACCCUCACUCUAACCAUAAUCACAGAUUCAUUCAAGCAGUCAUCUUAACUAACUCAUCUAGAGGAUACUGGACAAAAGAAAGUAAUUGGUUGUAUAUGAGGAACAUAUAUAAAACUUAUUUUGUACAAUGAGUAUAUUGGACGAUUCAUUCUAUAC